AUGAUCGAAGUGGUGGCAGAGCUGAGCCGAGGUCCUGUGUUUCUGGCGGGGGAGGCGCUGGAGUGCGUGGUGACCGUCACCAACCCUCUGCCCCCCACCGCCACCUCGGCAUCCAGCGAGGCUCUGGCCUGGGCCAGCGCCCAGAUCCACUGCCAGUUCCAUGCCAGCGAGAGUCGAGUAGCACUGCCUCCCCCAGACUCCAAUCAGCCAGAUGUUCAGCCUGAGAGCCAGACUGUCUUUCUACCACACCGAGGUGAGAGGGGUCAGUGUAUCCUUUCCACUCCACCAAAGAUCCUAUUCUGUGACCUGAGGCUGGACCCUGGGGAGUCCAAAUCAUACUCCUACAGCGAAGUGCUGCCCAUAGAGGGACCGCCCUCCUUCCGAGGCCAGUCAGUUAAGUAUGUCUACAAAUUGACCAUCGGCUGCCAGCGUGUCAACUCACCCAUCACUUUGCUCAGGGUCCCUCUGAGAGUCCUGGUGCUGACAGGCCUUCAGGAUGUCCGGUUUCCCCAGGAUGAGGCUGUGGCCCCAUCCAGUCCAUUCUUGGAGGAGGAUGAAGGUGGGAAGAAGGAUACAUGGCUAGCCGAGCUGGCUGGGGAGCGCCUCAUGGCGGCCACAUCCUGCCGCAGCCUCCAUCUAUACAAUAUCAGUGAUGGCCGAGGAAAAGUUGGGACAUUUGGCAUCUUCAAAUCUGUGUACAGACUUGGCGAGGACGUGGUGGGAACCUUAAACUUAGGGGAAGGAACUGUGGCGUGUUUGCAGUUUUCAGUGAGUUUGCAGACCGAGGAGCGCGUGCAGCCUGAGUACCAGCGGCGCCGGGGGGCAGGGGGCGCCCCCUCAGUGUCCCACGUGACUCACGCCCGGCACCAGGAGUCCUGCCUCCAUACGACCAGAACCAGCUUCUCCCUCCCCAUCCCUCUCAGCUCCACCCCAGGCUUCUGCACCGCCAUCGUGUCCCUGAAGUGGCGAUUGCAUUUUGAAUUUGUAACAUCCCGAGAACCAGGUUUGGAGCUCCUGCCUCCUGUGGAACAGCCCGAGCCUGUCACCUGGACAGGGCCCGAGCAAGUGCCUGUGGACACCUUCAGCUGGGACCUCCCCAUCAAGGUGCUGCCCACAAGCCCGACCUUGGCCUCGUAUGCAGCCCCGGGCCCCAGCACCAGCAGCAUAACCAUCUGA